GCGCUGCGUUUCUGCACGUACAACCGCCAAGCACUCUCCGAGUACUACGGCGACAUUUACUCGGACGUGCUUCGCAACAACAAGAACGAGCAGUUCGUCUACAACCCGUCGGCCAUGACGCUCGUGUCCGAGUCCAACGGCCAGUGCCUCGACGCGUUCCUCGACGGCAGCAACCGGUACCAGCUCCACACGUACAAGUGCAUGGAGGGCAACGUCAACCAAAAGUGGAUCUUCAACGCCAACACCAACCGCAUCGAGCACGGCACGCACCACGGCCUCUGCGUCGCGUCGGGUCCCGCGGGCACGAAGGCGCGCGUCGAGAUGUGCAACCAGAGCCUCCAGCAGUUCUUCAGCGACUGCGACGACUCGGCCACUGUCGGUCUCCGCUUCCAGACGUGCUACACCAACUCGUGGCUCUCCGAGUACGACACGGGCCUCUACGCCGACAAGGUCCGCAACAACGUCAACGAAAAGUUUGCGUACGACCCCGUCGCGCAGACGCUGCAAGUCGGCAGUAACGGCCAGUGCCUCGACGCCUUCUCGACCGGCCACGGCAAGUUCGGUCUCCACACGUUCCCGUGCGAUGCCAAGAACGCGAACCAAAAGUGGGUGCUCCAAGACAAGCUGGUCAAGCACGCGACGCACCCCAACUUGUGCCUCGAUGCGGACCCGACCGACGACCGCCACAAGGCACAGGUCUGGGACUGCACGGCGUACAACAAGAACCAGUGCUGGAACCUCGUGCGCCAUUAA